UGGGCAUCAUGGCGGCGGCCACACUGGGUCGGAUCUCAGGGCGGCUGCGCUGUGGCUGGUGGAGAGCAGCCCGCCGCCCGACUCACCCUUUUCGGGCGUACACCGAGCAAGCGCGUCCUGUCGCCACCAUGCCGCUCACUCCUGUGCCUUCAUCUCCCGCAAAACGGCCAAAGGAAGAAGGUAGCGAGAGGUGCACUCCGGUACUGCGCUUCGCCAGGUUGUCCGAGCAUGCUGCCACCCCUACCAGAGGCUCGGCCCGGGCUGCCGGCUAUGACCUGUACAGCGCCUACGAUUACGUGAUUGGUCCUCAAGAUAAAGCUAUCGUGAAAACUGACAUUCAGAUCGCGGUCCCCAGUGGAUGCUAUGGGAGAGUCGCUCCACGAUCUGGUUUGGCAGCUAAAAACUUCAUUGAUGUUGGAGCGGGUGUCAUUGAUGAAGACUACAGAGGAAACGUUGGUGUUGUAUUAUUUAAUUUUGGAAAGGAGCCUUUUGCUGUUAAAAAAGGCGACAGAGUAGCUCAGCUGAUAUGUGAACGAAUAUUCUACCCUGAUCUCGAGGAAGUUAAAGUCCUAGAUGAUACAGUGCGAGGUGCUGGCGGUUUUGGAUCAACUGGUCAGAAUUAAUGUUUGGACAGAUAUUAUUUGUAAAUGAGUACUGUGACUGCAAACACAACCUGUGCGUUAUUUCACUUGGUCAGUCUCCCCUUCAACGUCUUCAACAUUAUUUUUCCAAAUGUGCCGUCCGAAGCAAAAGUGUUAACAAAACAGUCUAAGUAUUUAUUAACCAUGGCAACCGUCUUGGAGGCUUUUUUUUUUUCUCUCUGUUCAUUGCUAAAGUGUUCUGUACUUUUAAGCUUCAGAAACACAAACUUUGUGUCCAUAGAAAACAGUGUGUAAGGCUGAGCACAGCACCUUGAAUUCCUGUACUU